AUCAUCAUGCGACGAAUUGAGGAAGGACAGAUGAGAAUGUGCAUGCAUGCUGAUGAUUUGAAUUAUAACUGCAGGCUGUUUGGUUCGCGAGGAAGACCAUUGAUAAAUAGUCUCUGUGUACAUCCUACCGUUAUCUAAAUAGUGUAUAUUUGGAUCAGCUAAUCAAAGUAUACAACUAAAGCGCACAAGAGAACACAUUUGAAGAUGUCUGUAACGGAGAUGUUUAGCUAUAUCCAAGGCUUUCUGAGCGCAGAUCAAGAUAUCCGAGAGGACAUAAGAAAAGUUGUCCAAGUUCUGGAGCAGACGGCGCGAGAGAUCCUCACUGUUCUUCAAAGUGUCCAUCAACCAACUGGUUUCAAAGACAUUCCCAGCAAGUGUUUGAAGGCCAGAGAGCUGUUCUGCACCGUGAGAAAUCACACUGGAGAGCUGAAAACUAAGUUCCCUGCGGAACAGUACUAUCGGUAUCAUGAACAUUGGAGAUUUGUUCUUCAACGACUUGCCUUCCUUGCAGCUUUUGUGGUAUACCUGGAAAGCGAAUCCUUGGUUACACGUGAAGAAGUGGCAAAAAUACUUGCCAUUGAAAUCGACAGAGAAAAAGGGUUUCAUUUGGAUGUGGAAGACUAUCUAGCAGGAGUUCUCAUUUUGGCCAGUGAGCUGUCAAGGCUGGCAGUGAACAGCGUGACCGCAGGGGACUAUGGACGUCCGCUUAGGAUCUCAAACUUUAUCAAUGAACUUGACUCUGGCUUUCGCUUGCUCAAUUUAAAAAACGACCCUCUUCGCAAGCGCUAUGACGGCCUCAAGUACGAUGUGAAAAAGAUAGAGGAGGUGGUGUACGACCUUUCCAUCCGAGGCCUUGCCAAGGAGCAGGAGACUGGAGGAGAAUGAGUAGAGCUGUGGCUGGGAUUCUCCACGACUGGAAGAGGUGGUCGGAGGAGGAGGAGGAGGAGGGAAGGGAUGGAGGUUUUGAGGCCCCGGUAUUUUUUAAGCCACUUGCCUACCAGGACAGAGAUCAGUUCAGGUUUUAGUGGGGAAAUCUUCUCUUUCUCACUUCUGUUCAGAGAUGUUUUUAUGUACAGAUGCAUUUGUUUGCCUGUUAUUUUUGAUUGGAUGUUUUUUUACUAGUAUUGAUUGCUUUUGUCUCGGCCAUUUAUCUUGUGAAUCAUUGUACAGUCAAACAAGAAAACAUUGUUUUGGGGGAGAUAUUUAAGAAUUAAUACUGAAAUAUUGAUAAAGAGAGGGAAACAAUGGUAAAUGCUGGUAGAAACAGAAGUUAUUUGCCUAUGUUUGUUGUUUUCUGACCAGUAAUGACAUCAAGACACUUUCUUGAUGUUGACCUAAACAAAUAUUAGCCUACAUAUGAGACAAACUGAUUCAUUAGAUUCGGUGUUCUACACUCAUAGCACAUUUCUUGAAUGUAACUGACUAAAUCACGUUAAUUGUUUCUUGCUAAGGUGUACAUGAAGGUAAAAUUGAUAAACCUGUGCCAAAAUAUUUAGUUCCAUACUGUAAAGACAUCUUGAGUUUGUUGAUCAUCAGUUUCUUAAAGCACCGGCUUUGGUGCCAUAUUUACACUGAUGUAUUUCUCCAUUAAAGAGAGAGUUCAUCCAAGAAUAAAAGUUCUGUCAUCAUUUACACACCCUCCUGUCGCUCCAAACCUGUUUGACUAACUUUUUGCAGAACACUGAAGAUCAUGUUGAGUAUUUUUUUCUUUCCAUACAAUCAAAGUCAAAAGGUUUGGACCCCACUGACUUUUACUAUAUGAACAAAAACAGUGGAAACAUUUUUCAAAAUAUCUUUUGUGAUGCACAGACCAAAGUCAUACAGGUUUGGAACAGCACGAGGAUGAGUAAAUGAUGACAGAAUUUUCAUUUUUGGAUCAAUAAGUUCAAAGAGAUUUCUUGCGGUAUAUUUUUGACCACCUGCUUAUCACUUCUACUUUUCAGUUCAUAUGUUCCUUUCCCUGUUGUUCUGGCUCUUAUGUUGUUCUGGAUGUUGUUGCAUGUUGAACUCCACCUGCAGAUAGUCUCGUAUCUGGAAGAGCUUUGGAAAAAUAACAAUUGUAACAGUACAAUACAACUUUCAAGCAAAUGUUUUAAAGAGCAAACUGACAGUGCAUUUGUUUUCCUUUGUAAAUAUUUAUGGAAAUUGUUAUGUUCCUCCCUAUUUUGUUUGUGGAUUCUCAGUGCAUUGAACUUC